AUGGCCCGCGGAAUCAAGAAGCACCAGAAGCGCCUCAGCGCCCCCUCGCACUGGCUGCUGGACAAACUGUCCGGCACCUAUGCCCCCAAGCCGUCGGCCGGUCCUCACAAGCUCCGCGACUGCCUGCCCCUGAUCAUCUUCAUCCGCAACCGCCUCAAGUAUGCCCUCAACUUGCGCGAGACCAAGGCCAUCCUCAAGCAGCGCCUGGUCAAGGUUGACGGCAAGAUCCGCACCGACAUGACCUACCCCGCCGGCUUCAUGGACGUCAUCGCCAUCGAGAAGACGGGCGAGAACUUCCGCCUCGUCUACGACACCAAGGGCCGCUUCACCGUCCACCGAAUCCAGGCCGAGGAGGCCGAGUACAAGCUCGGCAAGGUCAAGCGCGUCCAGCUUGGCCGUGGCGGAAUCCCAUUCUUGGUUACGCACGAUGCAAGAACCAUCCGUUACCCUGACCCCCUGAUCAAGGUCAACGACACCGUCAAGAUUGAACUCGCCACUGGCAAGAUCACCGACUUUAUCAAGUUCGACACGGGUGCCGUCGCCAUGGUCACUGGUGGUCGUAACAUGGGCCGUGUUGGUGUCAUCACCCACCGUGAGCGUCACGACGGUGGCUUCAACAUUGUGCACAUCAAGGACGCCAUUGACAACAGCUUCGCUACCCGUGAGAGCAACGUUUUCGUCAUUGGCCAGGACAAGCCCUGGAUCUCCCUGCCCAAGGGCAAGGGUGUCAAGCUCACCAUUGCUGAGGAGCGUGACCGCCGCCGUGCUUUCGCUGUGUCCCACUAA